AUGAUUACAAAUUUUCUAAGGCAAUCUAUCAAAGUUUCCAUCUCUUAUAGCAGACUAGCUGCAAAUACAUACAGGGUCUCCAGCAUAAGCAGCUUUUCAAAAUGUGGCAUUAAAGCUUUCAAUUACAGGAGAAGUUACACAACAGAAGCAGAAGACGAAGAUUUGAAAAAAUCUGCCGCCAAAAUAUCAGAAAUGUUUGUUAAGGCUCAAAAAUAUCCCGAAAUUGGUCAGCAACUCCAAAAGAUCCAGUCCUUGUUUAUAGAGAAGGGUCUUGUUGAUCCACAAAAUGUGACCAAGAAGUUGUCUUGGUCGGCCCAAAUGAAAAUGCUGACCGAUAAGGAUCUUAGAGGUGCAUUUAUGGAAUUUUAUCGUCUUUUAACGGUUCAUAACAUACAGCUUACUCCAGAAGAUAUAAAACUAAUAUCCAGAAAUGCGAGAAGCCUUAUGGAAAAUCCAACAGGGACAACCAAAUCGGAAAAGGCAGAUGGAAGUUCUGGGGCUUCAAAAAAGGAUUCACAGGACAAUUAA